AGAACAUCAGAGUUCCUGCCCACUGCACUAUUGCUCUCAAAGCUGCUUCUUAUCUACGUUUUCUUCCAUGAUGAGUUGGAUGAAGUGUUGUGUGUUCCCCCUGGUGCUGCUGUGCAUGUGGCAGCUGCAAGAAGGAGCACACGCCUGCACAUGUUUUCCUGUGCAUCCACAGACGGCGUUUUGCCAGUCAGAUGUCGUCAUCAAGGCAAAGGUGGUUGCCAUUACGACGGCUGGUGAAUUUGAUGACAUCAAGUACGGCGUCCAGCUGCAAAAGAUCUUGAAGGGUCCUAUAAAGAACUAUGAUACCAUCUACACUGCUGCACCCGUUGCAUCAUGUGGUAUAACUCUCACCAAAGGUGUAGAAUAUUUCAUCACAGGCCCACUACAGGAUAACGGGGCACCAUACGUGUCAGCCUGUAACUAUGUUGUACCCUGGAAAAGCAGCCACAACAUCCUGGUAGAGCUGUAUAGGAUGGGCUGCGAUUGCAAGGUCAAUCGCUGCACCGCUGUCCCGUGUGGAGUCAGCGGCCCAAAUGAGUGCUUGUGGACGGACUGGCUGACAGGGAAUUCUGUUGACGACGUGAAGAACAAGCAAUGUGCUUGCAUCAAGAGAAAUGAUGGUUCUUGUGCCUGGUACAAGGAGGUCGCCUCACCCGGAAGGGGUGCUGCUCAUCCACCCUCCUCAAGAAAGGACACCAGAAUAUUUGCCUGCUGGAUUUCUUUUCCCCAAAUCUUCUCUUUGUUAUCGACAUUUUCUUCCAUGAUGAGUUGGAUGAAGUGUUGUGUGUUCCCCCUGGUGCUGCUGUGCAUGUGGCAGCAAGAAGGAGCACACGCCUGCAGUUGUCUUCUGACGCAUCCACAGACUUCAUUUUGCCAAUCAGAUGUCGUCAUCAGGGCAGAAGUGGUCUCAAAGAUAUCUGGCAUUGGUAAAUUUAACAAUGUCAAGUAUGACAUCAAACACAUCACGACGUUCAAGGGCCCCAAGAAGAUCUUUAAUACCAUCUACACUGGAUCCAACUCUGCAGCAUGUGGUGUGACUCUGACCAAAGGUGUAGAAUAUUUUAUCUCAGGCCAAAUGAGGUCUGACGGGUCUCUGCACGUGUCAUCCUGUAACUACCCUGUACCCUGGAAAAGCAGCCACAAGAUCCUGGUAGAACGUUAUCUGAUGGGCUGUGAUUGCAAAAUCACUCUAUGUGACUCUGUCCCGUGUGGGAUCAGCGGCCCAACUGAGUGCUUGUGGACGGACCAGCUGAUGGUGAAUUCGGUCAAAGUGGAUCAGGACAAACAAUGUGCUUGCAUCAAGAAAAGUGAUGGUUCUUGUGCUUGGUACCAGGAGGCUGCCUCACCCAAAAAGUAUUAAUGGACAUUAAAGACCCCUAAAAACUUCAUGCAGAAAAUCGAUUAAUUCGCCGUUGCCUUCUUUAAAUUACAAUCAUGAGUUUAGCGCUUACUGACUUCCAAGCACUUUGGUACAAAAUUCUGUUUCAACAAGAAUUAAAACAAUUCAAACUGAAA